CUAUUCGAUACCCUUUUCCACAAAUGGAGGAGCACGACACGCCAUGGUGAACCGUUGACAACCCAAUCAUAUGGGAGCAGGUCAGCAUAUCUAUUGAAUUGGCCAACAGGAUCCUCCUGCGCCUCUGCCAAGAAAGAAAUCCUUGGAUCAAUACGCUUCUAUUCGCAAAAAGUCUCACCUGGGCGGGGUUUGACAUGGACGUCUGUAAUAUAUGGUUAACAGAACCAGAUUACAAUCCAAGGCUAAUGGACGCCGCCCAAACACCUCUUCGCUCAGCGGAGGAGAUCGUCGAGCGGCUGGUUGACCUUAACAUUCCGACUGUUUGGGGCUUCUGUGACGAAGCUGGAACUUUUACCCCAUUCCAAACUUUGGGUGUGACCGGCUCGAUGAGAGCGCCUAAUACGAGAGGUGAUCCGACUAUGUCCUGGAUCACCUCGAUGAUCCAUGUUGGCCAUCUUCGGGCGUUAUGCGACGAGCAGACACCACUGGCGGAAAGAUGCAAUAUACAAGCCUCCCUCGCGGUAGUGAUGCUACACGAAAUCAUGCACGCGACAUAUCGUUCAAGGGUUUCACGGGAACCAGAUAUUCCCGGGGGAGAAGAGCCUUACAUGUACCCUGAAGUGAACAACGAGAUUGGCGAUUCAUUUGAAACGGCUAUUUUUGGCGGGUUGAUCCGCCCAAACCCAACCGCCCGUGGGGAGGAGAUCUUUCGAGGGGUCAAUACUCACCUGUCAGUUCUCGAAUGGCCACACUUUUUAGAUUUGGGGAACUUACCCGCUGCCACGAUCGCCCAUGUCGCAUCAACUCAGGUAUCUAUGGACUACUUGAUUCCUGUGGCAUGGGCAUCGGCCCUCCAGACGCAGCACUUUUGGGACGCGGUAGUACCGGUCCACGGAAGUGCGGCCUUCAAGGCCCCCAGAAUCCUCCGUAACGAGUUGGUAAAACGAGACUGGUACAUUGGGUAUAGAAUACACUCAAGUAGGCGCAUGCAAAUAGAAAACAGCCCCCCCGAGAUGCAAGAGUACUACAAACAGGCCUUGAUCAAUUGGCAGAACAGGAAACAGUACUGGGAACUGAUACGGCCGUGACACGCAGCCGAGUACAGGCUUUGGUCGUUGAGCCCGUGGAGCUGGGUUGAAGCGCGGAGGCUCAUCGCUCAAUUCAAGGACGCGCAUGCAAACAAGAGGCUUAGCGAC